AUGUGUUUAGACAAACCUAGAGUGAAUGCGUACGAAGAAGCUAUAAAGCAGUAUGCACAGCUUCGGAAAAAAGCUGUCUGGUUAGACAUUGGAACGGGUGCUCAUAUGCCAUUAACUCGUUUAUUAAUAAAACAUGGAGUUGCUGAACAUGUUCAUGCAGUUGAUGCGAACCGAAAAACAUAUCAGUCUGCGAAAACUCUGCGAGAACAUUUACCUAAUGAAGAAAAAAGCCGGAUUUCAUUGCAUUACGGCUACUCAAAAGAUGUUGAUUGGUAUCGACAAGAACCCCGGCCAAAUGCAAUAAUCCAUGAACUGAUUGGUCGUAUUAUUACGGAUGAAGGAUGCAUUAAAGUAUUGCACGAUACAAUUGCAAAUAUUAAUGACGACGUAUCUAUACAUAUUCCAUAUAGAUCUGGAACAUUAUGCAUACCAGUAUCAAGGCCAAAACCAUCCAUAGCUUCAUCACUUUGCUCGUUACUGAUGUCUACAAAGGUGAGAAUAAUUAAAGAAAUCGGAAUACAAUCGAUGUUCAAUCCACCUAAAGAUGCUUAUCUUUGUGAAACGCCGCAGUUUGUUGAAGAUUUCAUUUUACAAGAUUAUUGCAAGAAACCAUUAGAGAAAUGUAGAAGAUCCGAAAGAAAAUUUAUUGUAGAAAAAAAUAUGGCAAUGUGGACCGGAUUUUAUUUAGCGCCAUAUAUUUUAACUUCUAUGGACAAUAGCAAUGGUGCUGUUGAAGUAGAUGGGUUGAAGCAAAGGACUAAUUGGCCAGUUUAUUAUGUUGCAAUGAACGACAUUCGAAAAGCAAUAAAUGUAAAACAAGGUGACGAAAUACACAUUGUAUUCGAAUCAGAUCUGACUGACGAAUGUCCGACCUACAGAAUAGAAGCAUGGGCAAAUGACGACUAUUUACUACGUUCUUCUUUUGCUUGGAAAGGAAAACAAUUUCGUUAA